UCUAAUAUCCAUUCUUUUCUUCUUUUUUUUUUUAUUUUUCAUUCUUCUGUAUUACGGUUUUAAACUUCAUUUCAACUGUUCCUGUUUGUUAAAGAACCUUGGUUAUGCGGAAUGAGAAAGAGAGAGAGAGUAAUUGAUCGAGUGGCAACGGUUCUUGUUCUAUAAUGAAGUGAUUCGAAAUUCACAUUGAGGAACAGCAUUUAGAGGAGAAUAAUGAAGAAGCCUGAAAACGAUGAUACAGUUUCUGCAACUGGCAGAAGAAAUGAUAAUCAAUCUGCAAAGUCCAACAUGAAGAAAGGAUCGUUUCAAUCAAAUAGCGUUAAGGUAUGGAAAAAUUUGGUGUCCCGCGAGGCAUGCCAACUGAAGAGGAUACCUAUGGUUCGGACGAAGAAAAUAGUUGCCUAUCAUUGCAAGAUUCACAUUUUAAUUUCUAAGGGGAAUCGUUCUGAUGGCAAGACUCAAAUGAAUAACAUUGUUAAGAUUUUAAAUUCCAGCAGCCAACCCAGCUGCGCGUUCUGCAUUAAUAAAAGAAGUUGCCGAGUGGUACGCUCGAAAACAAAGCUAAUGAAUUUUCUGAUAGAGAGAGGAAAAUCUCAGGAAGCUAUUCCCAUGUUUGAAAAUCUGAUUGUAGAAGGGCACCAACCAUCUCUAGUAACGUACACAACCCUUUUAAAUGCCUUGACCAAUCAAAAGUGCUUCAAGCCUAUACAUUCUAUCGUCUCACAAGUGGAAGCCAAACACAUGAAGCCCGACCCGGUAUUUUAUAAUGCACUUAUAAAUGCAUUUGCUGAAUCCGGUAACAUGGAUGAUGCCAUGAAAACUGUCCAAAAGAUGAAAGAAAGUGGACUAAGACCAACCACUAGCACUUAUAACACAUUGAUAAAAGGGUAUGGUAUUAUAGGUAAGCCUGAUGAAUCGACGAAGUUGCUAGAUCUGAUGUUGGAAGAUGCAAGGUUGAAACCAAAUCUCAACACAUAUAACAUGCUUAUCAGAGCAUGGUGUAAGCUGGAGAAUAUAUCAGAGGCCUGGAAUGUGAUAAAUAAGAUGACUUGUUCGGGAAUGCAACCAGAUGUUGUUACUUUCAAUACUAUAGCAACAGCUUAUGCUAACAUAGGACAGACUGCUCAGGCCGAAGCGAUGAUUUUAGAGAUGCAGAGGUAUGGUUUGAAACCAAACGAGAGAACUUGCACAAUCAUCAUAACCGGAUACUGUAGACAAGGCAAAAUAAAGGAAGCAAUUAGGAUUAUGUAUAAGAUGAAGGAUCUGGGCCUGCAGCCAAAUCUUAUUGAAUUCAACUCCCUGAUUAAUGGCUUUGCGAGUGUGAUGGAUAGAGAUGGUGUUGAUGAGGUUUUAAAGUUGAUGGAGGAAUUUCAUGUUCGGCCAGAUGUGGUUACAUAUAGUACAGUGAUGAAUGUAUGGAGCCAAGCUGGAUUCUUAGAGAAAUGCAAACAAGUUUACGAUGACAUGUUGAAAUCUGGUAUAAAACCAGAUAUACAUGCUUAUAGCAUUCUUGCUAAAGCUUAUGUUCGAGCGCAAGAAGCAGGAAAGGCAGAAGAACUGCUGAAUGCGAUGGUCGAAUCAGGCAUCCAACCAAAUGUUGUUUUGUUAACAACUAUCAUAAGUGGAUGGUGCAGUUCUAAAAGAAUGGACAAUGCUGUCAGAGUCUUUGACAAGAUGCGUGAGUUCGGUAUUUCGCCAAAUCUUAAGACCUUUGAGACGCUUAUCUCAGGAUAUGCUGAAGCAACACAGCCAUGGAAUGCAGAAGGAAUGCUCCAAAUAAUGGAAGAUUUUCACAUUCCACCCAAGAAAUCCACAAUCAUGCUUGUUGCCGAUGCUUGGCGAGUGGCUGGAUUAAGAGAAGAGGAAAAUAGGUUGCUAAGUACCAUAAAAAGACUGAAAACCAAGAAGAUGCCGAAUUCGACAGAGGAAGAUGACAAUAUACCAGUUGAAAGCUUGGAUAAAAUUUACCAAAAGCCAUUUACUAGUGUUCCCUUCUGUGGUCUCUUACAGAACCCAUCUAUAGGUUUCAAUGAUCACAAAGCUUCGGCUUUCGCGACUAGAAGGAACCGAAGGCUUCUUAGAGAUGGUGAAUUGGAGACUUCACUUCUCACAGCAAGGUUUAAGCGUCAUUCUCAAAUGUAUAGAUUGGGAGAAGGAUUUUCCAUCAUGUGCCAAAAGCAGUUUCAAUGCCAACAUGGUACAUACCAACUUGCAAAUUCAUGUACAGCAGUAUUCUACUAAAACAAUUGGUGAGUAUUCUACUAAAACAAUUGGUGAGGUUCAGGGUGAACAUUUUUUUUUUUCUUUCUUCCUUUUUUUUUUAAUUUUCAAUGUAAUUACAUUCUUACGCUCACGCAGCAAAAGUUGUGUUGUUAAACAAACUACUCCUUACAUUUUUGUUAAUCAAAAUUGCUUGUUUUUCAUUCUUCAA